CUUUAUUACAACAGGACAUCCACUUUCGAUAUUAAUCUUCAUAAGUUGAUUGGAACACAGAUUAUUUGAGAAAAUAAUAAAAACCAUGGAUAGCGAAGAAACAUGUAGAUCGUGGAAUGAUAUUGAUUCCGGCGAGCAGAUAGUUAUAUCUGGUAUUGCUGGCAGAUUUCCUGAUUCAGAUAACAUGAAUCAUUUACGAGAAAACCUGUUCAAUAAAAUUGAUCUUGUUAGAGCAGAUCAUGGCCGGUGGGAAAAAGACAAUCCGGAAUUACCAAAACGUAUUGGAAUAAUUAACAAUAUGGAAAAAUUUGAUGCGGAUUUUUUUGGAUUAUCUUUCAAGCAAGCACACACACUGACGUGCGAAGCGAGAAUGUUAUUGGAGCAUUCUUAUGAAGCAAUUAUCGAUGCAGGAAUAAAUCCAAAGCAAUUACGAGGGAAAAAUACUGCUGUUAUUAUAGCGACAUCUUUUAUUGAAGUGCAACAAAAAUUUUUAUACCAAGAUUUUCAGUUAAGUGGUGCGAAUCUCAUUGGAUGUAGUAAAUCUACAACAGCAAAUGCAAUUUCCUACUACUUGGAUCUGAAAGGACCAUCUUAUACCGUCGAUACUGCAUGCAGUUCUAGUCUUUAUGCCAUGGCUAUUGGUUAUGAAUGUAUCAUGUCGGGCAAAUGCGAAGACGCAAUAAUUGGAACGGCAAAUUUAUGUACUCAUCCUGUUGUAAACAUGCAAUUCGGUCGAUUCGGAAUUUUAUCCCCCACUGGUUACUGUAGACCAUUUGAUAUUGCCGCAAACGGUUAUACGCGUAGCGAAACGGUAGCAGUAGUAUACCUUCAAAAGGCAAAAAAUGCAAAGAGGAUUUAUGCCACAUGUCCGUAUAUUAAAUUAAAUAGCGAUGGUUAUACAGAAGAAGGAAUAACAUAUCCAUCAAUGCUUAUGCAAAGUACUUUAUUAAUGGAAUUUUACAAGGAGUGCGGAAUACCGAUGUCUUGCUUGGAUUACGUUGAAGCACACGGUACCGCUACCAAAGUUGGCGAUCCUCAAGAACUCACUGCUAUCUAUAAUGUUAUGUGUAAAAAUAAAAAAUCUCCAUUAAUGAUUGGCUCAGUAAAAUCCAACGUUGGUCAUGCCGAAGCUGCGAGUGGUUUAACUCAGAUCGCUAAGGUAAUAAUAGCAUUCGAAACCGGUUUUGUUCCACCAAAUAUCCAUUAUACAUCGCCAAGGAAAGAUAUAGAUGCCUUAUUAAAUGGAAACAUUCGAGUCAUACAAGAACAAAUGCCACUCAAAAACGGUUAUGUAGGAAUCAAUUGUUACGGUUUUGGAGGAUCGAACGCUCAUAUGUUAUUAAAGUGGAAUCUUAAACAGAAAGUUAAUAAUGGAAAAUCGAAUGAUGAAUUGCCUAGACUUGUAAUAUUAUCUGGACGUACUGAAGAAUCAGUAAAAUUGUUUAUAAAUGAUAUUGCUAAUCGUCCGAUAGAUGUAGAAUAUAUCCGUUUACUACAUGAUAUCUAUGCAGACAAUAUAGAUGGUCACCCAUGGAGAGGAUACGCUGUAUUGAACAUUCCGCAACAAAAUUUAGUAAAGGAAAUUCAAAAGUGUAAUAGCAUGAAAAGACCCGUUUGCUUUGUAUUUUCAGUUUUAGGAUCACAAUGGCCAGGAAUGGGUCGAAACUUAUUAAAAUUUCAUGUUUUUGUAAAAACAAUAAAAAGAUGCGACAAUAUUUUAAAACCAUAUGAUAUAAGCGUCAAAGACAUUUUGACAAAUACAGACGAAAAAGUUUGCAAAAGCGCAUUAAACGCGUUCCUUGGAAUCAUCGCCAUUCAGAUCGGCUUAGUAGAUCUCCUGACUUCUUUAGGAAUUAAUCCGGAUUACAUGAUUAGUCAUUCGGGCGGUGAACUCGGAUGCGCGUACGCAGAUGGAUGUCUCACCACUGAACAAACUAUUUUAUCAGCAUACUUUAUCGGUUUGACAUGUGUCAAAGAAAAAGAAAUUCAUAGUUCAAUGGCAGUUGUCAGUAUCGGUUACGAUUGUCUUAAAAACAUAUGUCCAACGGACAUUCAAAUAGUAUGCCGCAAUAGCGAGAAUAACAGCGUUGUUAGUGGACCUAUAGCAUCCAUACAAGAAUUCAUGAAAAAAUUACAGGUGAAUAACAUUUAUGUGAAAGAGAUCUAUUGCAACAUACCGUAUCAUAGUUCGUAUCUCGCAUCCGCGAAAACUCAACUUUUGCUUAAUUUGAACAAAAUAAUCCCCCGACCAAAGAAACGAAGCCCAAAGUGGAUCAGCACUUCCAUACCUCGUACCGAAUGGGUUAAUUCAGCAUCAAAAUUAUCAUCGGCGAACUAUCAUACGUGUAGUAUAUUAAAUACUGUUCUCUUUGAACAAACAUUGCCUCUAAUUCCAAAUAAUGCUAUUACUAUCGAACUCGCACCAUACGGUGUUCUGCAGCACGUAUUGAAAAAAUCUUUGCAUCCAGAAGUGACAAACAUUGUAUUGACUCAAUGCACUGAACAAAACAAAGACGUAAUUUUUCAUGCAAUUGGAAGGCUCUACAACUAUGGCUUACAGCCGCAAAUUGCGAAUUUAUAUCCACCAGUGGAAUAUCCAGUCAGUAGAGGAACUUCUAUGAUUUCUCCAUCGAUCAGAUGGGACCAUUCCCAGGAUUGGUUUAUUCCAUGCUAUACAACACAAAAAUCCAUAAAAUCCAGAGAAAGAUAUGUCGACAUUUCACUCAACGAUCAAGAUUAUGAUUAUAUGAGUGGUCAUGUAAUCGACGGAAGAAACUUGCUACCUGCGACAGGAUACCUUGUACUUGUUUGGCAAACUAUUGGAAUGAUAAAAGGACAAAUGCAUACAACAAUACCAAUAACUUUCCGAGAUGUAAAUUUCGUUCGUGCUACUCAUUUAUCGAAAAAUACUGUAAAAUUGAAAAUUGCGAUACAGAAAGAUGGAAAGUUUGAAAUAACCGAAGGAGAUAGUGUUGUCGUGACAGGUACAGUAUACGAGAUGUUGAAUCCAGAACAAGAAAUGAUUACGACAGAUCUAUUACUGCAGAAUAAUGAAGAAGAACACAUGACAGCACGAGAUAUCUACAAAGAGUUCAAAUUGCGCGGUUACCAAUACAGCGGCUGGUUCCGUGGAUUAAUGAGUGCCUCUAUUUCAGGAAAUCAAGGACACAUCAUUUGGAGAAAUAAUUGGGUAACAUUUAUGGAUAUUAUGUUACAGAUGCAAAUUAUUGGAUACGAUACUAGGGAUUUGUAUGUUCCUACGAGUAUCCAAAAAUUAAUUAUCAAUCCCAUGCUUCACGCUAGAAAGCUACAAGACUACACAAAUGGCGUAAAAGAUAUAAUAGAAAUGGAUAAACAAUUACCGAUACGAAUAUAUAAAGAGAUAAACACGAUUAAAGCUGGAGGAAUAGAAAUUCAAGGUCUUAAAACUACGCAGAUUUCUCGCCGGAAAUUAGCUCAAGAUGCAGUUAUCGAGGAAUAUACGUUUGUAGCUCAUUGUGAUCGUGCUAAGAUUUCUUUAAACAAAACGAUUCGGAUAUCAGCCCAACUCAUUUUGGAAGAUCAUCAAGUUAGCAAUGUAAAAGCCAUUGAACAAGUGGAAGAUGUGGAUGAUGUCGAAUUAAAAAAUCUCUCAUCUUCGUUGCUGCUUGAGGCAUUUGAUGAUAUUCCAUUGAUACAAACGAAUGUCAUUCUAUUAACAUCGCCGAAUCGUUUUAAUCCAGCAGACUUAUCGCAAAACAUUUCAAUCGAAGAUUACAAAAAUCUAUCGACAAAUGAUAAAGCCUUAAUAAUUGCUGGCUUUAAUCUUUUGACCAAACAAACAUCAUUAGAGCGAUUGUUGCCCUUUUUAAGAGAGGGUGGUUAUCUGCUAACGCGUGAGAAAUGUUGCAUAACUGAUUAUAAACAAUAUUUGCAGCGAUACGAAUUAAACGUUAUUCUCGAAAAACGUACUGAUAAAGAAAUGAUUGUGCUUCUGAAAAAGAAAGUUUCGAUAGAAAAAAGGACUAUCGUCUACAUAAACAAUGAUAAUUUUAAUUGGUUGGAAAAUCUAAAGCUACUUGUGAGUGAUAAAAAUAACUUCGAUAAAAAUAGUAGAAUUAUAAUUGUCGGAGAGGGAGAUUUUGAAUGUGGUUUGUUAGGUUUUGUAAACUGCUUAAGAAAAGAGUCAGGCGGAGAAUAUGUUAGAGGUGUUCUUAUUCAAGAUGAGGAGGCCCCUAAAUUCUCUCUUCAAGAUCCUUUCUACAUACAACAAUUAGAAAAAGAUAUGACCAUUAAUGUAUUGCGAUCUAAUAAAACCUGGGGAUCGUACAAAUAUUUAAAACUACAACGACCAGAAGCGAAACUUGUACCAACCGCUUAUGUCUGCCAAACGAUUGGUGGAGACUUAAGUACAUUUUGUUGGAUAGAGAAUAAUCGAUCAAUUGAGUUUCGUCCUAAAGAUUUGGUGCACGUUGUUUAUUCAUCCUUGAAUUUUAAAGAUGUAAUGCUCGCAACUGGUAAAUUAACAUCUUAUGAUGUGAUUUCGCAAGGACGUUUCCUUCAGUUUCCUCUUGGAAUAGAAUACGUAGGAUUGGAUUGUAAUGGACAACGUGUAAUGGGAAUUUCUAAUACUAAUUCUAUAGGAAACGUCGUUAUAAAAGAUAAAUAUCUGUGUUGGAAAAUACCUAAUUCGUGGACGUUUGAAGAAGCAGCGACAAUCCCAGUGGUUUACAGCACUGUUUACUUAGCCUUAUACAUUUACGGAAAAAUGAAAAAAGGCGAUAAAAUACUUAUACAUUCUGGUACUGGAGGCGUUGGACAAGCAGCUAUUCAUCUCUCUCUCCAAAAGGGAUGCGAGGUGUUUACUACCGUGGGCACGAGUGAUAAACGGGCUUUUAUUAGAAAAAUGUUUCCGACUAUUUCGGAUAAACAUAUUGGAAAUUCUCGAGAUACUAGUUUUGAACAAAUGAUAAUGCAGCAAACGAAAGGUCGCGGAGUUGACAUCGUGUUAAAUUCAUUGGCGGAAGAAAAAUUAAUCGCCUCCGUUCGGUGUUUAGCUCAAAAUGGACGAUUCUUAGAGAUUGGCAAAUUUGAUCUUGUUUCUAAUAAUCCCUUAGGUAUGUCUGCGUUUCAGAAAGGUAUCAGUUUUUAUGGAAUUAUAUUGGAGAAUAUAAUCACUGAUGAUCACAAGUAUAAGUCGCUAUUGUGCAAAAUGGUAGCUGAUGGUCUUGAAAGUGGAACAAUCAGACCAAUUCAAGUAAAAAUUUUUCCAAAAACAGAUAUCGAAGAAGCUUUUAGAUAUAUGGCGAGUGGAAAACAUAUAGGAAAGAUAAUUAUAAAUAUCCAUGAAAAGAAUGGACCUUUAGAUAAGCACAUUCUCGCGUACCGUCGCUAUUAUUGUCUCAGAGAUAGAAGUUACAUUAUACUAGGAGGUCUGGGUGGAUUUGGAUUAGAGUUAACAGACUGGCUUAUACUUCGUGGUGCUAGAAACGUUGUUCUAGUUUCGCGAAAUGGAAUAAAAAACGGUUACCAACGCAUGAAAGUUCAACUGUGGAAGUCGUAUGAUGUAAACGUUCUAAUCAUCAAAAAUAUCGAUGGUGCUAACGCCAAAGACUGCGAAUAUCUCUUACGGAUUGCGGAAAAAGAAGCACCCGUAGACGCGAUAUUCAAUCUUGGUGUAAUACUGAACGACACCGUCCUCAAGAAUCAAACCGCAGAGACAUUUACCGAAUCUUUUCAAUCAAAAGCUCGAGCAACGCAAAUGUUGGACAAACUUUCUAGAAAACUUUGCCAUAAAUUGCGGCAUUUUGUAGUGUUUUCUUCCAUUGUUUGCGGCAGAGGAAACGCUGGACAGACUAAUUAUGGCAUGGCCAACUCCAUCAUGGAGAGAAUUUGCGAAAAGAGGGUGAAGGAAGGGUUACCUGGAUUGGCGAUUCAGUGGGGAAUUGUAGGUGACGUAGGUCUCGUCGCUGACAUGCAGGAAGACAAUAAGGAAGUGAUUAUCUGUGGCACCUUACAACAGAAGGUAUCCUGCUGUCUCGACGAGCUUGAUAAGUUUUUACUUCAAAACCGGCCGAUUGUGAGUAGCAUAGUUGUAGCUGAAAAGAAAGUAGGCUCUUCUGGACGUGGCAGUUUGAUAGAAACUGUCGCAAAUAUUUUAGACAUAAGUAUCAUGAAAGUUUUAAGUCAAAAUUCAUCUCUGGCCGAUCUCGGAAUGGAUUCCAUGAUGGCCAUAGAGAUCCAGCAAACUCUGGAACGAGAAUUUGAUAUUUUCUUGUCAACACAAGAGAUACGAAACCUCACUUUUGCGAAACUUACUAAAAUGUCCGAUGCAAAUGUCAGUGAUAAUGUGCAUGAUGAAAAGAAACAUGACACAGAAAAGCUAGACGAUUUAAGCUCUCUAAUUGCUGUUGUAAAAGAUGAAGAUUUCAUUCCUCAUACCUAUUCCGAUCUGUCUACAAAAAAACAGAAAACUACUAGCGAAGUAUUUUUCAUACCAGGUAUCGAUGGAUGUGGAACUGUAUUUAAACAUUUAGCACCAAGAAUUAUAUUCUCAACGACGUGUUUGCAUUAUAACGCAAAUAAUAUUGAUGCUACUGCAAAUAUAAUAUCACAGAUGACUGAUAAUCUCAUAAAUCACAUAUUACCAAAACUAAAAGAUGGAAAAGAAUUUAUAAUGGUAGGAUACUCUUUUGGAUCUAUUAUCGCAAUCGAAUUAACGAGAAGGUUGGAAGUUAUGAAAUUUAAAGGCCGACUGGUUCUCAUUGACGGUGCUCCUGAACAAAUACGAACGAUGUACAAACAUUUUGAUGUAAAACAUUUUAUAUGUUCUAACGAUACGAAUCUUCAGAUUUAUGUUCUAACUCAUAUUAUGAAACUUUAUUCAUUAGGAAAUAGUGAAAAGAUUCUAAUGGAACUUAAGAAAUGUGAGACUUGGGAUGAAAGAUAUAAUAUUUUCGCCAAACAUUUCUUAGCUAUGAACACGUUACUCUCACCUACAAAUUUAAAAACGCUGUGUGUAACAGUUUACAAAAAUUCAGUAGCUAUUCAACAAUACGAUCCUUCCACUUUGCCACCUAUUAAAUCUUCCAUAAUGUUGCUAAAAUCUACACAUCCGUUGAAUAUGCCAUCGAUCGAAGAGAAUUAUUGUUUACACAAGGUAACUCAAAAUGUGAUGAAAGUACAUUAUAUUGAAGGUGAUCACGUGUCGAUCUUGAUGAACGAAAAAGUGUCAGCUGCAAUUAACGGAGAACCACCAUUUAUAAUUUAAUGUUUAUAUUUUAUAUAAUUUAGUAAUCUAGGGCCG